CCCCAAUGCGACUACAGAGGCCAGUAUGGUGGAGGUCCCCCCACCCUCGUCCACUCGCAGAUUAACCUUUCCAGGCCUGGUUAUGUGACCGGCUGCAGAAGUUGGACAGGAAGGACUCGGGAGACCCGUGGACGCUUUCGGUCGGAAUGGCUUCGACCCCCUCGGCCUCUGCCCUGUCUGCUGUCCUCCGCUGUCGGGGGAAUAUCUGGGCCAGGAACCCGCCGACCAAGCGGCCUUCCAGCGCCGUGUACAGCCUCGGACUGGGCGGCACGGCGCAGCGCGACCCGUCGGCUGAGCGCACCGGAUCCAACCAGGCGUCUGCGUGGACGUUGUCCCCCCACAGAGAGCGCGUGGCGUCAAUUCAAAGACUCGCUGUGGCUUGUCGAUGGGAUAGAGUGGGCGAUGACAUGUCCAGAGAAGAAGAUUACAGGAAAAAUAAUAAAUUACGUCACCCCAAACUUUGCCCAUCCGCGUGGAACCCGACACCCCACCCAGCGCCCCCUAUCCAAAACAGGCUGGCGCGCGGACUAAAAUCUGCUCUGCUCGGAAGAGAUAAGUGUUCCAAAAUAAUUCACAUGAUAGAAUACAAAAGCCAGGCCGCGCACAUCUGUGAGAUGAUCUCCAUUCUGGCCGCGGAGAAGCUCCCACCCGGAGUCCUGAAGCUGUCCGUGACAUCUCCGCGUCUGACGGAACACUCAGGCCAAAACCCGACCGGCUGGUCCAAGCUGAAGAACUCCUGCUUAGCUUUGACCUAUCUGGUGUCCAAAGUCCUAUUUCUGAAACUUUGUAGACCCAGCAGCAGCAGCACUGAUGAUGCGCAACAUCUGCCGCAUCUGCUGCGCCAGCAGGAGGACGUCAGACAAAUGGACAAGUGCACAUGUCCUCGCAGGACAACCGCAGCUCUGGACAGGAGGUGACUCAGGACAGACUCGACUGACCCUCCAAGGACUGGGCGCCAAAAACCCACGCAGAUCUCACAGCGUUUAUUGGCUUUCACGCAGUAUCCGGACUUUAACCUGGUGGUACAUCAGCCUGUUGCUGUCAGACAUUUCCCCCCAUUUCAGGCUAAAAUGAAUGAAGAGCAAUAAGAAGAAAUAAAAACAUGGUUGUUUCUAACACUUCAGUUCUUUCCCUCAAAGUUUCUACUAAAGACAUUUAAAACCCAAACAAUUUCAAAUCAACCGAAUGCUGUAAUUAGAUGGAUAAAUAAAAGAAUGUGUACUUAUUUUUCCACUUUGCACCUUGUCUCUCUGUCCAGAUGAACAACAAACAGAUUCAGGAAGGAUCCGUCAGAUUGCUGAUGGUCAGACAUCAGUUCAGCAUGUCCAUUAAUGCAGUGACUUCUCAGCUGGUUACUGGUUAAUUUGGUAGAAUACAUUUAAAAAAAAAUUGACAGCGCAACCACGAAUCCAAACAAGUUGUGUAAAAUGCAAAUAAAAACAAA